CACGUUAGCGAGGAUCAGUCUGCGCUAAAACGGAGAAACUGAUGAGAGAGAGGCGGACACUUCAAAGCCCAACCUCCCCAACUGCGCUUAAACCAAACCCAUACCCAUCAUUUUCUCCUCCUCAUUUCUUCUUCGCCUCUUCGUUUUCCUCAUAUUCUCUCUCUCUCAAAUCUCUGCUUCGUCAAAUCCCAAAAUCAUCUCUCAAUCCGCAUCUUGUUCGAGCUUAUUUGCCUCUCUCUCUCUCUCUCUCUCUCUCUCUCUCUCUCUCUCUCUCUCUCCAUGGAGUCCUCCGCUGUUCUCCGAUCCUUUCAAUUGGACACUAUUUCACGUACAAAGUCUUUCCUUGAGAAGCCUGGUAUGGUUCCUGUGUAUAAUGCUAGGCAGCUUAACGCAAACAGAUCUUGCAUCCCAAGUUUGACUGCCAGUGGGAGGUUAAUCAAUUCUCCGAGAAAGCAGAAGGGAUUCCGAGUUUCAUGUGUAAAGACAUCUGAAGCUAAGGAGACAGCUAAGUCGAAUGAUUGUGUUCCACAAAGCUCAUUGGAGAAAACUCCACGAAGUGCAAUUUUUCCCAACGGAUUUGAGGCUUUGAUGCUAGAGGUCUGCGAUGAGACAGAGAUUGCUGAACUUAAGUUAAAGGUUGGAGAUUUUGAAAUGCACUUGAAGCGGAACAUUGGAGCCACAGUAGCUCCAUUGUCCCAUAUAUCACCAACAUCACCACCGCCUAUUCCAUCUAAACCCAUGGUUGAAUCUGCUCCUGCUGCACCACCACCAUCACCACCCAAAACUUCUUCCCAAACUACCAGUCCAUUUACAAAUGUCUCCAUGGUGAAAACAUCAAAAUUAGCAGCCUUGGAGGCUUCUGGAUCUAAUGCAUAUGUGCUUGUGUCUUCUCCAACGGUUGGCUCAUUCCGAAGGGGAAGGACUGUGAAAGGAAAGAAGCAACCGCCUAUAUGUAAAGAGGGAGAUGUAAUUAAAGAGGGACAAGUUAUUGGAUACGUGGAUCAGUUUGGCACCGAACUUCCAGUGAAGUCGGACAUCGGCGGAGAAGUAUUGAAGGUCCUCUUUACUGAAGGAGAAGCUGUUGGUUACGGAGACCCACUUAUUGCUGUUUUGCCAUCGUUUCACGGUAUCAAGUGAGGUUUUCCUUUAUGGCAAAUUCCUGCUAAUUUCAGUUGGAGAUCGCCAAGGUUUUUCAUUAAUUCCCUGAGUUUUAAAAGGAAUUCCAUCUCUUUUUUUUUAUCUAUUAAGCUGGUGGCGUUAUGAGACUCGGAUGUAGUUGGUGAUUUUGUAAUUGAUGUUUCUGGUCGGUUAAAAUCAA